AUGUCUAGCUUGACGCCAAACCCUGAUGGACUCCACCAUAUAGUGGAUCUGAACUUCAAAGGUGUUUUUCUUAUAUAUCCUUUCUCAUAUAACCAUGGUAUCAACUUCACUUUCAAUGAUCAUGAUUUUUCUGGAAUGACAUAUGGUGAAUGUAUCACCUUUCUCAAACGGUUCAUGAAAGAAAGUAUAAAGAAGUUAUACUAUUGUGAACUAGGUAAGCCGUUAAUAUCUGGGAUAACUGCUAUCGCUAAUGAUGAAGACUAUGGUGGUUUCAUUUUUCAAGCAUAUGGGACAGAUGGUAAAAUUUGUAUGUAUGUGGACCAUGAUGGUCAAGGAAUAGAAGAUUUGUUUGGUUCUGAAAUAAAAGAGGAGGAUGGAGAUGAUCCUUGCAUUGAUGGUGGUGAGAAUGAGGAACAAAUUGAUAACCUAAUAGACGUGGAUGUGGACUUUAAUGAGGACAUAGUCACUAUGAAUAGGACAAAGGGUGAUGAAUUUCUAAAUAGAUUAUGUGGCGAAGAGGAAGAGGGAAAUGAUAACAACAUAAAUGAUCAUGAUGCGCAUGAAGAGGAUGCCAAUGUAACUCAACAACAUUCAAUUUUUAAUGAGUUAGUUCCACGGAAAAAGCAGAUCCUAAUACCUGGUCUGAGGUUCAAAGAUCCAUCUCAAUCAAAAUCGAUGUUACGCAACUAUGCUGUUGUGAAUGGGUACCAACUUUGCUUUGAGAAAAAUGAUAGGAAAAGAUUUUUGGUUAAGUGUUGCAAGGGGAUCUGUAAAGGGGAGUUAUUAUGUGCUAUUGGAAGGGAUGAAAACAAUGGGAUUUAUCCUAUUGCAUGGGCAGUAGUAUAUGUGGAGAAUAAGAAAAAUUGGAGGUGGUUUUUAGAUUUACUCAUUGAUGACUUAGGACUUAAUUUGUGCUAUGGAUACAGUGUAAUAUCUGAUCAACACAAGGAAGAAACCAAUUAUCACCAUGCUAGAGGAGUUGAGGAUGUAUAUGAUGGAGAGGGUGUUCAAGAAGAAAUGCAAGGGUCUAGGAUGGGGAAACCAAAUUUGUCCAACAAUUAG